GCUGGGCUCACUCGCGCUGUGUGGCGUCUCGCUCCCUUUCCCCCACUGCACUGCAAAAUAAGGAGGGGUGGAGUGGCGGAGCGGCAGGCAGAUGUCGCCGUGGAUCUUUGCGUUCAGCGCGGGGCAGGACACUUCAGAAUUUCCAGAACAGAUGCAACAUGUUGAUUGUUUACUAAAGCUGUCUCAUAGAAUUGUUGGCAGUGGCAAAGGAGAGCUGAGAUGCAACCACAUUCCUGCUUAUUAACAGCUUUCCCCAUAUUUAUCUGCUGCUUCAUGGUCCUUGUAUAACCUUGCAGUCUCCAGCCCUGGUUGCUCAACUGAAGAUCCUGAGUCCUGUUGCCCACUUGCCACCAGAUGCCCCGGGACUCCAGUACCUGGUGCGGUCCUUGUUGACCUGGGCGACGACCGAUCCGCAUAGGAGACCAUCUGUUUGAAUUCAAAUGGAAAAAUAUGAGAUCCUUGGGCUUGUGGGAGAAGGAAGCUAUGGCAUGGUGAUGAAAUGCAGGAACAAGGAGACUGGAAGAAUAGUCGCCAUCAAGAAAUUUUUGGAAAGUGAGGAUGAUAAGAUGGUUAAAAAAAUUGCCAUGAGAGAAAUCAAGCUUCUCAAGCAAUUAAGGCAUGAGAACUUGGUGAACCUGCUGGAAGUCUGCAAGAAGAAAAAACGAUGGUACUUGGUGUUUGAAUUUGUGGACCACACAGUCCUUGAUGAUCUUGAGAUGUUUCCAAAUGGCCUGGAUUACAAUAGAGUUCGGAAAUACUUAUUUCAGAUUAUAAAGGGGAUCGGAUUUUGCCAUAGCCAUAAUAUCAUACACAGAGAUAUUAAACCUGAGAAUAUACUGGUCUCCCAUUCGGGAAUUAUCAAACUUUGCGACUUUGGUUUUGCUCGAACACUAGCAGCCCCAGGUGAAACUUACACAGAUUAUGUGGCAACACGGUGGUAUCGAGCUCCUGAGCUAUUGGUUGGAGAUAUCAAAUAUGGCAAGGCUGUUGAUAUUUGGGCCGUUGGCUGCCUGGUAACAGAAAUGCUUAUAGGAGAGCCCUUGUUCCCUGGAGACUCUGAUAUUGACCAGUUAUACCAUAUCAUGAAAAAUCUGGGUAACUUAAUCCCAAGGCACCAAGAAUUGUUCUAUAAAAACCCUCUAUUUGCUGGAGUGAGGUUGCCUGAGAUCAAGGAAGUUGAACCUCUUGAAAAACGGUAUCCCAAGCUCUCUGCUGCAGUCAUAGAAUUUACUAAGCGGUGUCUGCAGAUUGAUCCAGACAAAAGGCCAUCCUGUGCUGACUUGCUCCAGUGUGAUCUGUUUAUCAAAGAUGAUUUUGCCGAAAGAUUUACUCAGGAGCUUAAAGCAAAGAUUCAAAAAGAAAGAGACCACCCAUUGCCCAAGAAAUCAAAAAUAAGCAGGAAAGACAAAGAUGACUCUGGUGAUGAAAGAAAAAUGCUUUUAAUCCAGAAAAUCUUAUGUUUGAAGACUGACUGGAUCCCUGCUUAUCAACCUUGUGAGGAAAAUCAGGUCAGCUGGCCCAAAGUCACCCAGUACUGUGGCACUUAUGUUUUGAAACAGGACUUCAGCAUGGAUUCAAAGAUCAAAGACUCCAAACUGUUUAGAAUAAAAUUGUCCAAGGAUGACCUAGAAAAAGCUGACAGAUCUUCAAAUACAAGUUUCCUGCAUGAGACUGGAACUGGACAGGUCAAAGCAAUUCCACCUACAAGUUUCAAGGACUUGAGUAACAGUCUGGAUUAUAUGAAGAAUCCCAGCAUGGUGAUUCCUCCCAUUAUGCAGAACUAUUCCAUGAUGACACCAAGCAUCAGUGGGACUUCUGGCAUGGGGACAAAACCAGGAACCCAUAAUUACAGGAUUGACAUGAAGACUAAAAAAUACCUCAACCCUUUCUUAAAGCAAGGCAACAGAUCACCAGCAGGACAUUAUAGUGUGAACUUAACAGCAUCGGUCUCAAAUGAAAAGAAUGUCCUUCAGACACACAAGAAAAGAUGGGAGUUUUCCAAAACAGAUGUGCGUUUGCCAGAGCUUAGCUAUAGCCAUUUCCCUGAACGUAAAGGUCCGGAUGGUAUCUGGGGCCUCCUUGCAAGACACUUCAGAAACCACUUUCCCCAGAGUAGAACAUUAGCAUCAAGUGAACUUUGUAUGAUUCAUCACUUCUGCAAGCCUGUUGCCUUCUGGAAGCGCCAGAACCCUUUGCAACAGAUGUCCUUAGAGAGUGUUUGGCGGCAAGUAUUUUUGCCAUGUUCCAAACAAUGUCAGUCAAAGGAAACAGACAUCCUGAUGUUGUAUAGUUGUCACGGUGCUAAGACUGCAGUGUCCUUUGUAGCAUGAUUAUUGUGCAGUAUCCAAAUCUGAUUAUUUCAAUGGGCCUGGAGUAUUGGACCUUAGACUAAUAUACAUUAACAAGAUAUUGGGAGGAAGGAUCUUCUGUACCAAGAUAAAUUGAGACUUCUAACAGUUUAAGUACUGGCCAGCUUCUUUUCUGAAAGACUGUAACGAACAAUGUAGUUAUUUCUCAUAACCCUAGUACAAGAGUGAAACUGUUUGAUGCUUGAACAACUCUUUCAGGCCAGUUUACACUUUCUACAGGACAAGCUUCAAGUCUGAAAUGGGAAUGUGUGUUUGUAGGGCUGGGCAUAGCUGAAGGGCAAAGGAACUGCAGCCAGACUACACUGUGCAUGGUAGUUUCUGCAGACAUGCAUGUCUGUUUCAUAUUUUUCAGCAUUUGCUGCACUACACUAUUGCAUACACAGCAAACACCCUUACUGUGAAUUAACUCUGUGUCAUAAGUCUGUAGCAUUAAAAUAGUCUGUAUGUACUUGUCUUUCAAUGGGAGAGGAAGAAGAACAGCAACUGUAACUACUUGGAGAGAAGCAGGUUCCAAGCAUAUCUACAAUACAGAUUGAAGCUGAUUUGUUAGGCAUUGUUUGUCCAGGGAACUCUAAGAAAUGGUUUCUGUUAUGGGAGCUAGGGAUAUCUUAAAAUAAAAUUAUCAGCACCCUUGACAAACUCUAAUUCCAGGUAGAUGGGCGCGUUUGUUUGGGCAGAGAUGGGAAUCCAUGGCACUUAAACUGGUGUGAAACUGAUACAAGUUUACAUGUAGCUAUACCCAGCUAGUGAGACCACAAGAGACUAUUACAGGGAUGGUCUUGCAAUAAACAGCUCAGGGGAGAAAUCUUUUCACAGGUGUUGUGUUUGCCAGGGUAAGCUUGUGCUAUAGUGAAGAAGCCUGAAGCAGUGUGUGUACAAGAAGAAGUAAGAUCACACUUGGAACUUGCAUGAAUGCUUUGAAUAUCCUGCCUGUUAUUGACAUAUAGAAAGAUCCUUGGGCUCUACCUUCUCUUUCAAGAAGCAGCACUAAUGAAACAGAAGAAGAAAUAGAAGCACUUAGCCUGUUUAGUCAGUCAGUCCUUUAUUACGGUCAUGGACCAGUGCAUAGCUAAAACAUACAUACAUACUUACAAGCUUACAUAGCCUGUUUAGGAUGAAUGGUAGAAUGGCAGCAAGGAGAAACUGUAUUGCCAAGCGAACACACAAACCUUGCAGCCUCCAUUCAAUAAUGCUCCAUACAGAGGCCUUGGACAGCAGUCCGUGACUGGGCAAACCUCUAUUUGAGCCCCAGGAGAAUUACCAGUCCUAAUUGCUUUCUAAUCUCUCUUGCUCUUUCUCCCAUUCUUUUCAGAUGGCUCACUGAGAAAUAUAGCUUUUCAAAAUGCUCAAACUGAGCAGAGCGAAUCCCUCACCACCCCUCAAAGCAAUCUCCCAAGUACCUGAUUAUUGAACUAGUUUUGAAUCAGUUAUAACUUUUUGUGUUGAGGGGUUUGGUUUUGGUUCUGUUCAGGGCAAGCAAGAGAUUUUAGUUCCAUGUUCAGUUUCAGUUCGCCGAAAACCUGCCCCACCCCCACCCCCCAAACUAGUUUUUGGGUUUGGGUUAAGUUAAGCGUAGCAUAGUUUCAUGUUUCUGAUUGUAAGCACUGUGACAGUUCUCUGUACACUGGAACAAAUGCCAUUGAUGUAGCUUUCUUUUAAAUCCACUCACACCAUAAUGUGAAUUGAUGUUAAGUUUUUCUAAAUAUCUUUUUGUAUAAGAAACCUCAUCCAAUAUGCUGGAAAUGACUGGUUGUAAAUAGUUGCUGUUUGCAUGUACAUGCCUUUGUAGUGCACCCUUCUUAGCACACUUGCAAUUUCUGAGCACUAUACAUUUUUUGAGUGUGCUGAUAUGUCACUCCAUAAAGCACCAUGGUGCUGCUUUUAUUAUUAUUAUUUAAUUAAUAGAAAACCAGUAGCAUUUCACAUAAUUGUAAGUCAGAUCUAUACCACAGUCUUAAACUGCUUUAAUAGUGAUUCCAUAUCCCAUAUAGUCUUGUAUGCAGAAUUCUCAGCUCUCCAAGCUACAAUUCCCAGGAUUUCUUUGGAGUUCAUGACUGUUAAACUGGUAUAAGGCCACUACAUGCUUGUAGUGUAGAUAUGUUCUUUUUGUUCACUGUUGGAGCAAUUGUGUCCCACUUCUAUGAAAAACACAAAAGCAUUUGGAUCGUAUUGCUAUACAGUGAAGUUAUUGGAAAGUGCAGUUGAUGAAGAUAGCUUUAAAUGAAUGUCUUUUUUAUUUACCAUCCUAACACUUCUAGUUAUAAGGACAGUUUGUGUUCAAGAUUCAGGACACAUCUUAUAUUGGGAUACUGCUUGCUGGAUUGUAAUUAUAUCACUUUCAGAUAUGGCAAAUUUAAAGUGUGAGUUUUUUAACUCAUUUGUUUCCAGUAUUAUAACAACAUUGUGUUCCCUUUACAACCAAGUACAUUUUAAAAAGAAGAAUGGAGAUAGGCUAAGUAUUACAUUUAUAAAAAUUUCUGCAAAUGCCACGUAGGACCAUGAUUCUUGACUGCGGCAAGUAUAACUGAAAUAAAUGGGCUUGGGUCAGCUGAAUGAAAUCUCAAUGGUUCAUUUCCCAUUAUUCCUCAUUCCUGUUAUUGCAUUCAGUAAGGUCAGUCACAUGAGCAGCCCUACCUGGGUAGGGCUGCUCAUGUAGAACACUGAGAUCGGUCCCAAUCCCUGCACUCUUCACCGAGGUAGCCUGGGUUUUUUAUCCAGCCUAAUAGUGGGGUAGAAGCACCCUUCUACCCCCACUUCUCAGUUGUAUGAACGCUUGGGCUGCCUCCCCGGUCAUGUGAACACUCUGAGCUGCCUUUCUUCUCUGCCUGAAGCCCGAACACGCAUAAAGCCAGGGUGCAAAGCCAGGGUGCAUUGUGGGAUGCCGGAGGACUUCCUCCUCCAGCUCCCAGCACUGCCACUCGUCAGCAGAGCAACACUGCUGUCAGGGAAGGGUGAUCAUGUGCAGGGAAGCAGGGAGGAUCCUGCCUCCCUGCCCACCCUCCCCAGCAAGGUCAUGCGAAUGACCUUAUUUUGUCAUUUCUUAGUAAUGGUCUCCAUUAGCAAAUGCACUUUUUUGUGAGGACUUCUUAGUUAUAAAUGGUCUAUGAGUGUCCCAGUAACACUGUUUUAAGGUAAAGUUGCUCUUCACAUCAGUGUCUGUAUUCUUCUUCCCCUGAGAACUAUUUUCUUAUGUCGCUUCUCCAAAACCGCAUAUAAUCCUUGGAUUGCUAUAGUAUAUUUUCCUUUGGAAGUGAUAGAGAAGUUACAAUAAUGCAUGAUAGGCUUUGUUUUAUGAUACUGUGAAGGUGAAACCCAAGUUUGCAGUAUGGUUAAUAUUCAUUCUCACUGAACAGAACUGUUUCUCCAAAAUAAAGGAAUAUUUAGUUGCAUAUCAAUACACUUGAUCUGUGUCCAGUUCAACAUGUACUCAACCCUUCAAUCAACCAAUUGCAUUCAUAUGAUUGUCAAUAGCAUGCUAAUUGCAGAAAAUGGGCUGUACAAAACAUAAAAUGUAUUGUUUUUUGCUUGAUAUGCAUGGUGAAAUUAAUUCCAAGUUGUAACUUUGUAAUGUAAUGGGAAAGAAAUAUAAACAAUCGCAAGAAUUUGCUUCAGUGCUUAACUCAUUGUCCUCUGCCUUUAAUUGCCAAUUCUGAUAAUAAAAUUGAACCAAUUUUCUUUA